AUGAAUCGAGGAAUUCCAGUGUUUGUCAACUAUUAUUACACCUUUUUCGCAAUCAUUUCAAUUCCCUUAAAUGUUUCGGUUAUUGGCCUGAUCUGGGCAAAAUCCCCAGUGUCUUUCAGCACUUACAGGUACUUUUUUUCGUGAAUUUUAUGUACAAAAUAAGUAUUUUAGACUUCUAUUGCUAAACACGAGUAUCAGUGAGACAUUGCUCAUCGUGUUCUCACUUCUCUUACAAUUGAGGUGAGCCUAAGAAGUUCUCAAUAGAGCGCACUUUCCAAUUCCAGAGUGAUCAGUGCCGGCGACUCGGUGGCUCUUCUUCCCUACGGUCCGUUGAGAUCUGGUCCCGUAGAGCUGUCCUUCAUAGUUUAUAACAUUUACAAUCUGUUUCUUUGCACUACAUAUCUAUCGAUUCUUUUGUCAAUGUACUAUCGGUACUCUUUGAUAUGUCAUGGAAAGUGUGAAAACCUAAAGUUGGCCAGGAACUUUGGAUUGAAUUGGAUAGUCCCAUUGGGAAUGCUGGUUGGUUAUCCCAUUAGUUAUUUUAUUAUUUGUCCGUUUCAGGUUGCCAUUCUGAUCCCACCGUACGAAUUCUCUACCGUAAUCCUGAAUACAACUCGUGCCUACCCCACCUAUAACCUUCUGGAGUCGUACGGUCAAUUCGGAGGAUUCAAGUCGACCAGCUCUUUCGUGUACCUCGUGAACACCUCCAUUCUAUUGGGAAUUCCCUAUUUGAUGCCCAUUUUCAUACUUUUCUGGAGGCAUCAGAUCUUCAAACAAAUCAACGAAGUGGAGACGCAUUUGAGUGAGCGCACCAAGAAGGCGUCGCUGGAUUUGGUCAGGGUAAGUGGCUACCGAAACCCAUUAGCCACAGUAAUCCAUGCUAUUUUAGGCUUUGACGAUGCAGGCAAUGUUCCCAAUGAUUUGUUUGAUUCCGAAUGUUGUCUACUUCAUUACCACGCAGGCAAGUGAUACCGCCCUCUCAAAAUUAUAUAUCUCAGCUGCGAGUAGAGAUAUCAGAAAGUUUUCAACUGAUAAAAUGUUUAGUAAGAAUUGGGCACAUUUUACCAGUUGACAGCUUUUCGAUAUCUUCACCGGCAGCUGAGAUACAUCAUCUUUGUCAUUUCCGAUAGUUCACAUCGAAGCGGAGAUUGCCGAAUUCGUUCCGUUCCCGAUGUGUCUACUUCCCUGUCUCAUCGACCCGAUUCUGACUAUUUUCUACGUGGCUCCCUACCGCAACUUUGUGCUUCGACGCCAGCGGAGUGUAUCGAUCGCGCCAAAUACUGUCUCGAUUGUGCGAACUUCCACUAGAACAUUUUGACUUUCGUUUCAAUUUGAGUUUUGUCUUUCUAGACGAGGAAUGAAAUUCUUGGGACUUUCCGUGACCUGACCCUUCUUGACAUUUGGAAUAGUAAGCCAGAGCACAAAAGAUGUGGAGCACACGUACCACAUCAAAGCGAUCAACUCGUCGGCGCGGCGUAUCGGCUACGGAAUCAAGACGACGAACAUGAAGCGUCUGGGAGUGGAGCCGCCGUGCGGAGUGCUCGACCCCGGCGCCGCGAAGCAGUUCCGACGCGAGUUGUUCCAGGGCGACGGGAUGGUCCGCCGCAAGAACCUGCCUAUCGAGUACAACCCCUGA